AGGAAGUUAGAAUCCAAUCCUGUCAAUUGUCUCGCCCUGAUCCGAGACUAAUUUAGUUAUUUUUUUCGUAAACAAAUAUGUAUUUUUUGCCAACAAACAUUGCCAAAUACCGGUAUAAGGUAAUCUAGAUAUAUUAAACAGACAUCUUGAACUGGCUUAUAAGGGGGUCGGUUUUGAAAUGUAAUAACCUGCCUUUCUCCUGUCCGACAAGAGCCGCUUUCCACCGUAUGCGCAGCGGUUAGCGAACUAAUGAAGUCUUUACGGGACGGAACAGCAAACUGGACUUUUAUCAAGGAAUUUGUAGAGAACGCUUGAUAAAGCCAAAUAUUCACAGCGGGCGUAGAGCUCCGGCUGAGCCCAUGUGAUGAUGUUGUCAUCUGUUCCGGCUGUUCCAAGAGGUGGUCAGCAGAUACCCGGCACCAUGUCGGUGGGUCUGGUGGAUCCAUGCCCCCAGCUUUCCCAGUUGUACCAUGAACAACUGUCCACAGGGUGCAGAGAGACUAGCAAGAACCAGAAGACUGCUGCGGCAGGUGUAGGACCUCUGAUGACCAUGUCUCUCAGACCAGCAAAGAGCAAAGCUAGAAAUGGUCAUCUUGGGAUGGACUCUGGUGGGAGAGAGCAACAGAUCCCGGUGGAGCACAGGCAGAACGCUUUGGGCUCAGUCUCCAGUCUAAGAGGUCAUGUCUAUGGGACUGCUGGCUCUGCCGACUUCAGAAGAGCAGAGAGACCAGUGUCAGACCAGGUUUGGAAUGUCCAAGGCUUUCAAAGACCCGGCAACAAUGGCAAUGUCUUGGUUAAUCCAAAACAACUAGAGCCUACCUCCAGAGCCUCAGCCGGGGCCUCGCCUCCGCUUCAAGCCUGCCCGCCUGGCCCUGCUCCCCCGGCCGGCCCCACAGGUGAGCAGCUGGGCAUCCUGGAGCGCUGCCUGGCACCCCACCAGGCAGAGAUGAAGCGGCUGCUGACGGGUGCCCUGGGCACCCUGUGCCAACGGCUACAGGUGAUGGAGAGGAGGAUGGAGGAGCUCUACGAGCAGGGAACCAAACACGGCAACAGCCUGGCCCUGCUCAACACCCAGGUGGGCCAGCUGGCGAGAAGGAUGACCGCCACCACCAAACAGGACUUGUCACCUCUCCAUGGUCUGGGAAAGGAACCAAGAGCGCUGAAAGAAGAAAAGUUGGACUUCACCAAGCCGUUACCACAUGGUCCAAACCCUUCAUGCAAUAUGGGCUGCUCUGGAACAGACAAGGGGAGCCUCACUGGAUGUKAAUGGAGGAUGGCGACAACAUUUUCACCUAGCCACAGUCCGGCCCGGCGCUGUGAACACAAUGAGGGAAUAGGUGGGGAAAGGAAAYGGACAGAGUUAGGGCACUUCUUAUCCUCUGUCGGAAAAGAGGCGGUCACAGAGGGGUGCGUACAGGGAAACUACUCCCCCAUGUCGGACUUUGAGGAUCUGGACAAGGAGCUGGCUGACGAGAAGGGGCAGGACGCUCCCACCUGGUUGGUCAAUUCUGCCCUGGUGGACACAGAGUCUAGUGARAGRCAGGAAGUGACCCUUUUAUCCCCUUCUUGGAAGGCACAAUCUGGGGACACUCAAGUGAACAGGAGAGGGAGUAUGGAGACACAUCCACGCCCUCCUCAUAUACACGUCCCCACUCAAUCACAAGGCCAAUCCAAAAGCACUGAGGUCCCAACGUGUCCAAUUCCAAGUAAGGGUCAGACUAUGGCUGCAUUUUCUGAGGUGGUCCAGUUGAGCCCUAUAGGAGCUUGCUCUSUGUUGGKACAUUCCGUUAAAUUCGUAGGCUCAUCUAGGUCCGAGCACACAGGUAGAAUAACUCCUACUCCAACUUAUUUCCAGCAAAGGAUCACCAGCCCACCUCGCACUGACCACACGGCCUACACUCAGUCCUCCAAAGAGGCAGAGAAAGACCGGAAGCCUGAGKGGAAGAGGCGGAACAAGAGGGAAUCGAAGGGAGACCCGGUUGGUGAGUUCGACUCCACUGCCACCAUGUCCAUCAAGGGUAGCUUCUCCGCCCAGGUACAGGACCAACCGCAGGCUGGUGUGGGCAGGGAGACAGCCGAUGAGAGGCAGUGGAGUCAACAACACGAGAGGUUUGUGGAGAGUGUAAGGGUGUCAUACGGCGGACAAGAAAAUCAGACUCUUAGAUUAACCGUACCUACUAAUCAGCAACACUCUCCAUUGUGCKAUGCCCAAUUUAAAUCUCCAGACCGACUAUCAUCAUCACCAUCAGGUUCAGUCUUUGUGCCGUAUUCCCGGUCUCCACCAUUGACUGGCUACAUGGACCCUCAGAAGGACAAACAAGCCCUCCUGCCCUUCCAUUCUACCAGCCCCUCUCUGGACACCUCCGUGGCCUCCAAGUUCCCCUCUCCCCGAAAUGGCUCUUGUAAAUCUCUCAUCGUUGGUGUUCAAUCCACCCACCACGAGUGCCAGGCCCUCCUGCUCCAGCUGUCGGACACAGCUAACCACCUCAUAGCUGCCAGCCCCUCUCCGGAGCUCCCUUCACCRCCGGAUGGUGGUCAAAGCAGACGGGGGAACCUCCCGCACUUCUUCAACUCCAAGCUCAAGCGCCACUGGGAUAAGGACCGGCCCUCCUGUAAGAAGCGGCAGCUAAAAGGCAUUAGAAGCACUGGUGGCGCUCUAGCCAUGACUCUCCUGGAGCUGCAGGAGGAGACGUUGCAGRACCACUGGCAGCCACUGGUGAUUCUGGGCAGCCCAGUCUUGCUUCUUUCCCCCCUGCAGCUGGCGUCCCUAGCCCAGACCUUCUCCCACUGCUGCAGCAAACUCCUGAACGGAGACACCUCUACCCUGCAGCGUGGUCUCUCUCGCCUACUCCGCACCACUGGCCAGUUCCCCAUGUCCCUCUUCAGCCAGAUGGGCUUCUCUAAGAUCUCCAAGGGGGGUCUGAGCACUGUGCUGGCCGCCUCCUCCCCAACCUCCUUCCGCCACUGGUUCAGACACAAGUGCCCCGCUCCCCUCAUGAGACUGUCAGCCACGGAGGUGAAGGCUGUGGUGUGUCAGAUCAUGGAGUCGCGGAAGAAGUACAUGCAUCUUCCCCUGCUGCCCCUCAAGGACUYCACUGGCCCUCCUGGCCUGGACAAUGACCACAGCAGCACAUCUCUCACCUCUCCACCCACACAGCGAUGUAGGGUCAGACUCACCCCAGAGCGGGCCCUUUCCCAACCCAGAACCAGCCACGGGGACAACCCCAAGACCAUGCGUCUGGAUAACCAACCUGAGCCUGUACCCAGUCUUGCCAUCGCUGCUGCCAACGUCAAAUACCCAGGUCUGCAUGGGCAUGGCUGCAGCCCAUCCAGAGAGGGAGGUCUGUAUGAGGCGAAUGUGGGGGCCCAGCCAGGCCAGCGCUCCAAGAGGGUAUCCCAGAUCCGCAUUCGGAAGACUGUUCCCAAACCAGACAACAACCUCACGCCCAUGGGCCUGCCCAAACCAAAGAGACUGAAGAAGAAGGAGUUCAGCUUGGAGGAGAUUUAUACCAACAAGAAUUAUAAAUCACCCACUCCCAACAGGAGCCUAGAGACCAUCUUCGAAGAGCCCAAGGAGAAGAACGGAUUGCUGGUCUGCAUCGGCCACCAGAAGAGGAAGCGCGUGCUGGAGUUCCCAGACUUCACACUGCCGCGCAAACGAAAAGCCAGAGCCAACCUGCUGCCCCUGCGCGCGAAGGGCCCCAGGGGCCGGAGCCGGAGGGGGAGGCCUGACGAUUCCGACCUAGACAUUAUGCUCAUCGAGAGGCUGAGCGAGCUGGAGGACUUCUUCACCUGCCAAGGCCUGGAGGACUGAGCAGUCCCUCAAUACCCCCUCCUUCACAUCCAAAUGCGCAGGCUGUGUCCCAAAUGGCACCCUGUUCAGCAUAUAGUGCUCUACUUUUGACUCGAGCCCACCGGGUCAAAAGUAGUCUCAUUUGUGACAUGCUACACAUGCAUUGCACGCAGUUCCUCAUUCUCAGUUUAAGUUUUGUUAGUCGCACUUGAAAUACCCAGCCAUUCACAUUAUUGUUUUAUAACUGCUAGCAUUUGAAGAGCUAGAAAAGAGCAAAGGCAAACRGCGCCACUGGCCAGCCCAGGCGCAUUUGUUAUUGUUUUUGUUUUGAGGAAAUGAGCAUUCGGCAUCGUUAAAAAUAAAUAUAUUUGAACACACCGUGGUGUUCUAUUGCGCAUGCAGUGAUGUCCGGGGGGGGCAGCAGUGUUCGUUGUUUGAAGUAAAGUCUUUGUUGUUGUAAUAUCGCAAACGGACGUUGCACCUUCAGCGCUAUGGAUUKCAGCUUUAAUGCCUUAGUGGAAGUUUAAACUCAAUCCAGCAAAUCAAUUAUUUUGUUGAUAGACAAUGAAUAGUGGUUGAACAAUAACUGUCUUCUUAGGAACUAAUAAUUGAAACUGAGAAUUUGGAACACUGAUACCUAAAUGUGUGCGUUCGUUCACACACAUGCACACACAUGAAACUUUUUGCAUAUGAACACUGUAGACUACACAAGCACAUGGACGACAAGUUCACCAAACCAUACCUGAGCACUUUCCUUCUUACCUUAUUCAGACCAUGUGACCUGUACUGGGAAAACUCUGGGUUAUAGUUAAGGCCCAGAAUCUUUGUUAGUCAGGUGGUCACAUGGUCAGGAAAAACUCUUGUCCUUAACCAUUUUCCAUUUGAUGGGGGUGUUUGAGGAGUUCAAGUCAUGUGCACUGAGUGGUCCGUGCUUCUAGUACAGUGUGGGCUGUGUUGUGUGCCUGUAGUUAUUUUCCUAAUUCCUAUUGCUGCUAUACCUCCUACCUAGUAUAUUGCUAAAUUAUAUUAUAAAUGUUAUCUUAAAGUUCAGAACAUACGUUUUUAUUUUUUAAACCACGUGAUCCAUAGUCAUAUUCAGUGCAUUGGGAAAGUAUUCAGAUCCCUUCCCUUUUUCAAUAUUUUGUUACGUUACAGCCUUAUUUUAAAAUGUAU